CAGAUUUCUCAUUAACUUCCCUGCUUGAAUAUAUUAAUGCGCAUAUUCUCUCCUCCUCUCUCCCUUGGCCCCCCUUCUCUCGCCUGCUCCCUCGCUCCCUCUCCGUCUCUCUCCCUCUCUCUUUCCUCUCUUUUUCAUUCUCUCACUCGCUCCAUAUCAGAAGCUCGGAGAGCGGUGUCCGUGUAGGGAUGCAAGAAGCCAAUGGGAUGAGGAGCCGAUAAUAGAUGCAAAUUAUCGUGAAAAGACACGGCAAAAUAUGAAACAACUCAUUUGCCGCGGAGUAAAUCACGGAAAACUGUUUGUGAACUGGCACCCCAUACCGGAACUGUGAUGCAGGAACACUUCUGUGGAGGCGCUUUUCAUGGAAUCUGAAUGAAUGUGGCUAUAGCACGGCUAUUUUAAAAGAGUGUACCAAUAAGACAAAAAUCUAUAUUCACCUCUGGGACUCCACGCAUGAUCUGUUUUUCAUCUCAAGGUUCGCCACGGUUUGUUAUUCUCUUGAAUCCACAGCCAGAGUAAUCACCAUUAACAACAACAACAACAACAACAACAACAUCAGUAGAGUCUAACAAAAGAUGAGUUCUUAUUUUGUAAAUUCUCUCUUCUCAAAAUAUAAAAGUAGCGACUCUUUACGCCCCAAUUAUUAUGAGUGUGGGUUUGCACAGGACCUUGGAAGCAGACCCACCGUGGUAUAUGGACCCGGCACCGGAGCAACUUUCCAACAUGCUCCCCAGAUCCAGGAGUUCUACCACCACGGCGCGUCCACGCUGUCUGCAACCCCCUACCAACAGAGUCCUUGCGCCGUCACAUGUCACGGAGAUCCAGGAAACUUCUACAGCUACGAUGCCCUUCAAAGACAGACCCUCUUCGGUGCUCAGGAUGCUGACUUGGUCCAGUAUAGCGAUUGUAAGCUAGCCGCGGGUGGCAUGGGAGAGGAGACCGAGAGCACAGAACAGAGUUCUUCUCCGACGCAGCUGUUCCCUUGGAUGCGACCGCAAGUAGCUGCCGGACGGAGGCGAGGCCGACAGACCUACAGUCGCUACCAGACACUGGAGCUUGAAAAGGAGUUCCUCUUCAACCCGUACCUGACCCGCAAGCGGCGAAUUGAGGUAUCGCAUGCCCUGGGACUGACCGAGAGGCAAGUCAAAAUCUGGUUUCAGAACCGCCGGAUGAAGUGGAAAAAGGAAAACAAUAAGGACAAAUUUCCCAGCAGCAAAUCUGAACAAGAGGCAAUUGAAAAGGAGAAGCGGGAAAAGGAGCUGGGCAUUGGGUCACCGUCUACCGACGAAGAUGGCGACAAGGCUAAACAGAUCUAAAGUGGACAUUGAAAAAGACUCAGAAACAUGGGAGGGUGGGGGGCAACUGUGUGGGGUUGUCUCGGAAACGUGACAGUCUUCUGGUGAUCACUAUCAUGUUUCAAUCGAUAAGAUUGCCUCAGAUGAUGGCUGACAGGACGAUAAACAUUGAAACGAUGUGGUGACCACGGGACUAUGAGCAGAAGGGAUUAAGCAUUUCUACUUUUUACCUGACAUUUGCAAAAUGUUAUAGUGUUUAAGCUAGAUUCCUGACUUUGUGGAACUAUGAUCGUGGAAAAAAGAUUUAUGUUGUUAGAAUAUUGUCAUUAACAAUUAAAUUGGCAGCUGUACAGAUUUAAGUUAAAUGGUGCACUUACGACUGUCCUCACUUAGCCUAUAUGUUAUGAUGAUGACGUAGCAAAUAAUGAAUUCCAACAACAUGAAACUGCCUAUUUAUGCCGUAGAUUUUCCUCUCUUUUACACUUGUCCUCAUUUAGUUCAAUUAAAUUGAUGGUAUUUUGUUGUCUUCCUUUUUCGGGUAAGCAUGCGCACAGUUGAAGAAAAUUAUUAAAAAAUAAAUAAAAAUAAAAAAAUACCCUAAGUGAUGUCAUGUGACCCCUCGUUUAACUGUGAAACAGAAUGUAUACUGUACUUGUGAAUUAGUUUAUGGGGACUUGAUGAUAUGCUUUAUUGUUCCUCAUCACUUUGUUCUAUUGUCUGAAACCUGGAAGGAGGGGAAGAAAGGGGGCACAAUAAAGUUUACA